AUGUCUACAAUUAACAACACGACACUUAAGGCCUAUUACUCGAACCUUACUUUUUUACUCGACUUUCUUCGACUCCACCAUGACGAAAACGUCGAGUUACUCAAGGAAGAAGAUGAAUCCGAAUAUAAGAAACUUCUUAGAAACACAGUUAUAACUGCUGACACAACCCAAAGUUUCCCUCGAAUUACGAGGGAGCAACAAGAUUUGGACUCUAAGAGAGGUUCUGGCCUUGACUCUACUAUAAACCAGGCCAUUGCUAUCCUGGUUAAUCGGUCUGACAAAAAGUCGACCAGUAACGUGGUACGUUUUGGAUUUGCUAGGCCAAAAGCUUUGAACUUACAAGGAUUUAGAUUAACCGGCAUCAACUCCACAGUUGAUUAUAUGAGAAAAUCACGGGCCUGGUUGAAACUAUAUAUGAGGAUCGGCCAUGAACCUAUGAUUUUCUUACUGACCAAUUUUUCUAUAUUCCUUGAACUUCAAAAUGGAUGCUACGUUCAAUUAGCAGGACAAGCUAUAAGCAAUUUGCCAAUACCACAAAGCUUGCCAUCUUCUAAGAACAAAAAGCGAGUUUCUGAGGUUGGUCCAGUUCCUUGCCCACAAAUUUCUACUUCAAGCCCUUCUCAGACUCAAGAUGGUUAUUCGUAUUUUCAGAGUUCUAGUAUAAUUGGGUCACAAAAUGUCAGCCAAAAUGAUCUUACAAGCGAUCGAACUACUUCCUGGAAGAGUAUGCUAUCGCAGGACAUCAAUCCCAUCUCUAAACGUCGAAGCGAUGUUCUUACCUUUUUCAGAAAGCUACAUGAAGAAGAAAAUAAAGCGUUUUCACAAAGUUAUGAUUCGAUGUCAUCGCUCCCUUCUCAAACCACUACUGAGAGUAGCUCACAAAAUGAUACUCUUUUUUCCUCUCAAAGUACAUAUGAGACAAGUUCACAAAUCACGACACUGUGUUCUACAAGUUCUGAAAUUGAUAUGAUUAAUGAUGCGAAUGAAUCUAGCAGCAUUAGCAAAGGAGGGAAACUGCUAAUCUCAAAUGAUAACGCUUCAACUGGGCUAAACGACAAGGUCAGGACAUGGAUAGAAGAACCGAGUCUUAUAGAAGCUAUGCUUCCUAACAAAGAGAUGAAGGAAGAAGAUAUUGAAAAUGAAAGCAUGAAAUCAAUCUCUGUCGAACCAAAAAUUGAAGAUACAUCAUCAAAUUACGCCAAGUUUAAAGAACAGACUAAAGGAAUGUUUCUCAAAAUUAUGGAUGCAAUGCAUUCCGAUAAAAAGACUAGGAAAGAAGAUACAGAAUCAUAUCAAGUUGGGGUUAGCGACGAGUCUACCAUGUUUGAUGAAAAUAAAAAUCCAAUGACUCCGAAAAAGCGUCCAAUCGAGAAUGUUCAAGAAAAUUCUUACAAGGCUAUCAUUUUGAAUAAUCACGAAGUGGUUAAAGUAAGCACAAUAUCAAGGGAUGUCAAAGAAACUAAAGAUAUUAUAUCAAAUGUUUCCAAUGUCGAUAAUGAGUUGGCCGUGUCAAAUGAAGAUAAUUAUCUUAAGACUCAAAGGAAACGCUCAAUAGAGGAUGCAAAUCAGAACAAAGAAACCUCUUCUAAAGCAAUUGUUUUGAACGACCGCAAAGUUUUGAAAAUAUCUAACACGGUUUCUUUAUCAAGUUUGUGCUUUUCCCGGUCCAUCAUGUUUUUUAGUUCUCCAACCUAUAAUAACAAUGGCCUUUGUUAUGGCCUUCCGAAAGAACACAUCCUUAACGUAGCUAAGUUUUCUAAAGAGGACGUUAUGUUAGAUUCCGUGACACGUCAUAUUUUUCCAAGACAAUUUGGCCUCAGGAACGCAUUCAUUAAUGAAGGAGCUUCAUCUCCAGAUUCAUUACAUCACAUUUAUAUUAAUAGGAAACUCAACGAUUCGCAUUAUGAAAUUCCGGAUCGUCUACAACAUAUUCUUCCGUAUGUUGAUCGCAUAAUCAAACAUCAUAAACUUUGUCAUUAUAAAAAUUUACUUGAUCAGAACUGUCCAAUCCAAGUUGCAAAGUUUGUUAAAUCAGUAUUGGAUUUUAUAAUACCACUAGAAUUUUGGGGUGGCAAAAAUAACAAGACCGUAAUUUAUAAAAUGGUCAAAGUUAUUAUUGAGCGUCGUCGUUUUGAAGCUUUGUCGAUGCAUGAAGUUCUUCUAGGUUUUAAGAUCAAGGAAUGCCAAUGGCUUGUGCCACCUGGUGGUGAAAAUUCUUGCAAUAAAGUGGAAGCGUUGAAACGCUCUGAGAUAUUGCAUGAAUUUGUCUGGUGGACUUUCGAAUGUGUUGUAAUCCCGCUCCUUAAGAUAAACUUUCAUAUAACGCAUAGCAUAACGGAAAAAUAUAGGCUGUUCUACUAUCGACAAGAAGUUUGGUCAGAGAUGUCUAAACGAAGUAUUGAGCCCUUGUUAGGUUCUGUAUUUGAAGAGAUCCCAUCAGAGAUAGUACCUGAAAUAUUAGAAGGCAAGACAUUGGGUUGUUCUGAAGUAAGAUUUGUUCCUAAAGAUAAUAAAGGGAAGCUUAGACCUAUUGUUAAUAUGAGACGUCCAAUGUGUAAAAAUGUAGAUCUAUCAAGCAAAACUACUCGUCAAGGUUCGAAAAAGCCACAAUCAAUUAAUGCUAUUUUGAACACAACUUUUCAAAUUUUAAAGCAUGAAAAGCAGAAUUUGGUUAAUAAAGUUAAUAACGACAAUUUUGAGCUUUAUUUUGCUAAAGUUGAUGUAAAAUGCUGUUUUGAAUCGAUUGACCACAAUAAGCUCAUGGAAAUAAUUCACGCCAAUGUUUUCACCGAAAUUCAGUCACAAUAUGUAGUAAACCGGUAUGAAAUGGUUCAUCCAAAAGGGGGCGAAAUUCGUAGAAGGAAUGGUCAUUAUGUUCAUAAUGGAGAGGAAUUUGUAAUUUUUCCAAAAUAUGCUAAUGAAUUGGCUCAGAGAUAUAAGAAUGCAAUCCUUGUUGAGAACGUAAGAGAAUCAUAUAAGGAUCUAGGAGACGUCCUUGACCAGCUGGAAGAGCAUAUUCAACAUAACGUUAUAAAGUCCGAAAACAAAUAUUAUUUACAAAGGGUAGGCAUUCCGCAGGGGUCAAUAUUAUCAUCGUUAUUAUGCAGCAUUUAUUAUGGAGUUAUGGAGCGGUCCGAACUCCUAUUUGUAAAAGACAAUGACGGAGUUUUGCUCCAUUACAUUGACGAUUUCUUGUAUAUUAGCACAAACAAGGAGGAUGUCAUAAAAUUUAUUACUACCAUGCACAAAGGGCAACCUGAAUAUCGGUGUAUUAUUAAUAAGAAUAAAAGCAUGGUAAACUUUGAUCUGGAAAUCUCCGAUGAAAUAAUAAAGAAAGCUGAUAAUUUCGAUUUUCCAUGGUGUGGUUUGCUCCUUAACACCCGCACCUUGAAUAUCAAGGCUGAUUAUUCUCGAUACUUAAACACCCAUAUUUCCAAUAUCUUGAAUAUGACUAUAAAGAAAGGAAGCCAUGGUGAAUUUUUAAAACAUAAAAUGCUCGAAUCUGUGACAACAAAGUGUCAUCAUAUCUUUUAUGACGCUUCGUUGAAUACCAAGGAAAACAUCUUGUUGAACAUAUACCAGAACUUUCUCAUGGCGGCAAUGAAAUUCCAUAAUUAUGUAAAAGGAAUGUCUAGGCAGGGCUCCCAACAAAACGAAGAAUUUGAAGCUGAAGUGGUUCACAACACCUUUGACUCAGCAUAUCGGGUACUGAACAAAUAUAGUAGAUGCACUUUUAAAAAAGAGGAAAUUGUGUGGCUUGGUGCUUAUGCAUUUCGACACAUUUUAGAAAAAAAAGUCGAUCAUCGGGGCGUAUAUCAUCAGGGCGUACUCGUUCAACUCGAGAAACUUUUCAAAGAUUCCCAGGUAAAAUCCAGGUUGAAACCAAAUGAAUAUGAUAAACAAUUGAGUCAGUGA